AUGGCCCCAGCUACCACCAAGACCGCUGCGCCCAAGGCCAAAGCGGCGAACGGCGCCGGAGUCAAGAAAGCUGGCAGGCCAAAAGGCGGCAGGAAGGCCAACGCGAGGGCAGCAAUGGCAAAGAUGCAAGCCUUUUUCAAGGAACACCGCCCCAAGUACAAGAGCUUGGAGUUCAAGGACCAGCAGAAGAAACUUGGAGAAGACUGGAAGAAGAGUUCCCAGAACCCUAAGAACGCUGCUUAA